GUUACCAGUUAAAAUGUCUUUAAAACUCUGCUAGGAUAUUGGAGUUUUCCAGCGUAAGGACAUAAUUCCAGGCAACCUUUUUUUAUGGCAGCUUAAUCUCUGAUCAUAUAGAGAUGAGAAGUGCACUCUCUCACAUAACUACCCAAUUACAUGUUUCCUUCUGGUCUGUUCAGAUAUCUGAAGUUUUGCUUCAGAGAAAGAAGAAAAAAAUUUCUUCUACAUUGACUUUCUGCUUCUCAUUGGCUAUACGAAUUGUCAAAAUAUUAAAGUUUUAUGUAAUGGAAGGUUUGUCAUGCAGCCAAUGCCCUCUAAAACUAGCAAUCAAAGUUCCAGUUUCAUGAUUCUUAGGAUUGUUCCAAUCAGAGGAAAGAUGCACGUGGGAGAGCAUUGGUGAAUGGUACAAGAUUUUCGUCAAUCCAAAAAUAAAUGGACUUGAGGAGGUGCAUGCCGUCCCUAAGUGAAGCCUCAAGACAGGAACUUAGUGACGAUAGAGAUAUAUUACAGCAUCUGCUUGUAGAAGGAAAAUCAAAUAUGUAUAUCCAAGCACUCCCACCGUGCAUUUCUAUGAUUUUAUUAGAUGCCACUUGCCAGUUCAUAAAUAAAGAUGAUCAUAUUGAUACCUUAAAAGGACUUCUGCAGAAGAAAGUAUUGUAGCUGCAUUUGUUUCAGCACUCAGUGGGUGAGUUUUAAGCUUUGGUAAUGCAAGAAUUCCUUUUUGAAGAUUUCAUUAUUGUUGUAAGUCUCUAGUCCUAGAGAAGAAACACUUUGUAAGAAUGUUAUUUUAUAGUGGCCAUUUCUACCUGGACUAGGUUCCAUGGUAUUUUCUCCU